AUGUCGACGCAACAGCAGGCCAUGAUCAUGGACACCAUUGUGUCCAUAAGGAAGACGCUGAAAAGGAAAGCUUAUGAAUCCGACUCCGACUCGUCAAUUGACCACAACACGAACCGAGGCUACAAGCUCAAGAAACGCGCACGAUUUGUCAAGCAAGGCCGUCUUGCCAACGCAAAUGGACCAGCCGCCUACAAGGAGGUGGCCGAACAUGCGGGCUAUCAACGCGCCAUCAUCAACCAGAACCCGCUCCUCAUCGACGAGGACGGCUACGAUAUCGAUAGUGACGACAACGAAGAGCGCGUCCAGGAGGCAAUCAGCGCUACUAUGGAGGAGAACCCAUACGCUUCGAUCCGGUUAGAACAACUCCUCGCGCCCCUUACAUCCGUCACCGACCUACCGAAUCACCCGACCCUGUCCCGACCAUUCAAAUCGAAAGCCCUUACCGAACUCGUACAUCAGGCCGCCGCCCUCAGCCGAAGAGAAAAUGUUGCCUUGUGGAAGGUCAAACCGCUGCUCACCAAAUUCGUCGGCGACAACUCGUGGGCGCCGUGCGGCAUGAUGAUUGAAUCGACUGACCAUGAUCUCUUUGAGGAUACCUCGAGCUUCAUCAAAUGGGUCAGCAACUGGAUCCCGAAUGCUGCUGACGCCGUAUCAGCUGGCAACCAUACCAAGGCGACCGAGAACAGGCCUGUUGGUGGCAACAACAAUGAGGCAUCGGCCUCGAAACCAAAGGAGUCUAGCCAGACAAAUGGCGACAGUGGGGAUAAGCCUCUACCAGACUCAGUCCCUGACGAUGAACAACUUCCUGAUGCCGACGCAAAUUCUGACGAGAAGAAGGGAGCUGAAGAGGGCAGCGCGCCAAAGGUCAACGGAAAGAAGACAAUAGAUGAAGACGUUGAGAUGACCGAACCUACAGAAGCAACCGAGUCAGCGACCAGCAAUUCCAAGGCGGAGGCCCCGCAACCCAACGGCGAAAUAAGCAGGGAUCCCGAACAAGCGCAGCCGGAGACAGUGCCCACAGAAACGACCGCACAAAAGGUGGACGAAAGCACGAACCCAGAUCAACCGGCACCGGCACCGGUAGAUGGACAGACAGUGCCAGCAACGGCGGCAUCUAAAGACGUGGAAAUGGCAAAUGCGCCCAACGGUGAAACUGGAAAGGAAGCAGCGGAACAUCAACCAGCGGUCUCAGGUGCCGAGCCAGAGACGAACCCAGAUCAACCGGGGCACAAUCUGGAGCGACAACAAACAGACAAAGAACCUCAAGGGGAGGGGGUCGUUCAUGGUGUAGAGGAUUUGCGAGCCAAGCCUAAUGUUCAACGUAAUGCUGCGCUCAGCACCGCGGCAUCAGUAGCGGCACUCCAGGAAUUUCUUGAAGAACCAUAUAUCCAUCCCAUCUUUCUCGCCCCACGAACUUCCCAUCCAGACCGCGACUUUGGCCUCCCCGAGCAAGAAGCCGAAGACGUUCGCCGCCUGCUCCAGCUGUACGUGCAGAAGCAGGAAGAAGUCUGUCGCGGCACCCGCAAGCUAUACGAGGGUCUGCGCAAAGCAGACCGGUACCGACAAACGGUGCUCUCGUGGGCUAAGGCCGAGGCUCACAGCGGACCCAACCGCGACAUGUCGGACGGCGAGGACUGGUACGACAAGGAAGAGUGGGGGUUGACAGAAGACCUGAAGAAGGGAGAGGAUGAGGUGGAGGAGGAGACGGCUGUGACGCAGAAGAAGACGAGGAACCGGAAGUAA